GGGGAAGGAGGGAGCCAGCGGCGGCUCCGCGGCCCCCAGCCAGCGCAGGAGCCCGGCGCGGCCCCGCCGCCCCCGCCAGCCACAGGCACCAGCAGCGAGAGAGCGGGGCGGGCAGCGCAACCGGCCCCGAUAACGGGUAAUGGAGUCCAACUGCCGCAAACUUGUCUCCGCCUGUGUUCAGCUAGGCGCGCACGUAGACUUUGGCGUCCUUUUGCCGAUGAACUGCAUGAAGGACCCGUUAAGCCUGGAGCGCCUGGGAGCCGGGAAUAAGCUGUGCUCCUCCUCACCUUCCUCCUCCUCCUCCUCUUCAUCAUCCUGCCAUCACCACCAGCCCGCGCUGGCCAUGGCGACGGCGCUGGCGCCGGGGCAGGCGCGUUCCUCCCUGGAGUCUGCCAAGCACCGGCUGGAGGUGCACACCAUCUCCGACACCUCCAGCCCCGAGGCCGCAGAAAAGGAUAAGAGCCAACAGAGCAAGAAUGAGGAUGCGGGGCCCGAGGACCCCUCCAAGAAGAAGAGGCAGCGGCGGCAGCGGACUCACUUCACCAGCCAGCAGUUGCAGGAGCUGGAGGCCACCUUCCAGCGGAAUCGCUACCCGGACAUGUCCACCCGGGAAGAGAUCGCCGUCUGGACCAAUCUCACCGAGGCCAGGGUUAGGGUUUGGUUCAAGAACCGCAGAGCCAAAUGGAGAAAGAGAGAAAGGAACCAGCAAGCCGAGCUUUGCAAAAACGGCUUCGGCCCACAGUUUAACGGCCUCAUGCAGCCCUACGAUGACAUGUACCCCGGCUACUCGUACAACAACUGGGCAGCCAAGGGCCUCACCUCCGCUUCCCUCUCCACCAAAAGCUUUCCUUUUUUCAACUCCAUGAAUGUCAACCCUCUGUCUUCUCAGAGCAUGUUCUCCCCUCCAAACUCCAUAUCCUCCAUGAGUAUGUCUUCAAGCAUGGUACCUUCUGCAGUCACCGGGGUGCCCGGCUCCAGCCUCAACAGCCUGAAUAACUUGAACAACUUGAGCAAUCCCUCCCUGAAUUCUGCAGUGCCAACGCCAGCCUGUCCUUAUGCUCCUCCAACACCUCCGUAUGUUUAUAGGGACACAUGUAACUCGAGCUUGGCAAGUCUGAGACUUAAAGCCAAGCAGCACUCCAGUUUUGGCUAUGCCAGUGUGCAGAACCCCGCUUCCAACCUGAGCGCCUGCCAGUACGCGGUGGACAGACCCGUGUGAAACAUCCAAGUAGGAAACUGCGUGGGAAUCCCUCCCCAUUUCCCGCAGAGACUGAGAAUUUCACUAGAAAGUAAUGGGCACUAGAGAGAAAGAGAAAGGAGGAAAAAUCAGAGGCAGAGAGGAAGAGAGAGAAAAAGAGAGAGAGAGGAGAAAAAAAAAAAGAGGAAACCACUGAAAUAAGAUAGUUCCUUUGUUUUCAAAGGACCUCCUACAGAUUCGGAGAUCUUUCUUUCACUAAGAGUAUUUCAACAGUUACAAGGACAUAUAUAUAUAUAUAUAUAUAUGGACAAAUGUUUGACUGGAUAUGAUAUGACAUUUUAAUGUUACUAUAAGCUUGUUAUUUUUUAAGUUUAGCAUUGUUAACAUAAAAAUGACUGAAAGGAUGUAUAUAUAUCGAAAUGUCAAAUUAAUUUUAUAAAAGCAGUUGUUAGUAAUAUCACAACAGUGUUUUUAAAAGGUUAGGCUUUAAAAUAAAGCAUGUUACACAGAAGCGAUUAGGAUUUUUUCGCUUGCGAGCAAGGGAAUGUAUAUACUAAAUGCGGCACUGUAUGUUUCUAACAUAUAAUUAUUAAAAAAAAUUGUGUGAAUAUCAGUUUUAGAAUAGUACCUCUGGUGGAUGCAAUGAUGUUUCUGAUAUUGCAAUGUAAAACAUGCCCUGUGUAUAACAUUUCGUACAAUAUUAUUGUUUUACUUUUCAGCAAACAUGAAAAAAAAUGUGUUUUAUUUCAUGGGAGUAAAAUAUACAGCAUACAGUUCUGUCUGGAUUUUUUUAUUUACUGAGCCAAGCUGCGCAGUAGCAACUAGUCUGCAAUGAUUGACUGAUAGUUGACACUGGAUCUCGUUCUCUGGCAACGCGGGGUAGUACUUUUGCAAUGCAAAUAAAUGCUGGCGCUUUUUUUUUUCCGCGUUAAAAAAAAAAUCCCUCGCUCUAACGUUGCAUACUAGAGAACCAUGGGACGUGUACCCCUUGGGUCCUUUUAUUUCCCCGCACAGCCCCGAGAAAAUGGAUUAUUUGACAU